UCCACUUCCUUUCUGUAAGCCACGGCAUCUAAAAGACAUGGAUUCAGGUCAUCCAAAGAAGUUUUUAUAGUUGCGUCUACUGCAGUAGGAUUAAGUGAAGAAAAUCUGGCUCUUUUAACAAUGAUCUCAUAAUUUUGUUGCACACAAAUUUCAUGAACCUCAUAUGCAAUAUAUUCCCCUUCGGGAUCAUUAUCAAACCAGAGCACAAGCCACUUACAUUUCUUUGCUUCAUCCCUCAAUUUGUUUUCGACAUCUAUUUUGUCUCCAAGAACACUCCUCACGACAACCGUUUCAGGUGAUAGUAGUUUUUUUGUAUUACCUUCAUUCCACACGUUGUCAGAUUGUUUUUCAAACUUCGUUUCUUUAAUAUGUCCAUUGGUAGAAGCAAAUAUCAUUUUGCAUGCUUCAUUACCCAUCAUGUAAUUGAAUUCUAAAUCCUGAUGUAUAUUUGGGUCUUUUGAUAGUAUUCUAAAUCCGAAGGGGAAUAUAUUGCAUAUGAGGUUCGUGAAAUUUAUGUGCAACAAAAUUCUGAGAUCAUUGUUAAAAGAGCCAGAUUUUCUUCACUUAAUCCUACUGCAGUAAAUGCAGCUAUAAAAACUUCUUUGGAUGACCUGAAUCCAUGUCUUUUAGAUGCCGUGGCUUACAGAAAGGAAGUGGAUUUCAAGACGGGGCGUGUCUGGACUUGGUUUCAAUCUUUUUUGGCUAGGAAACAAAUUCCCAAUGCAACUAACUUGACGCUAAGCUAUGGGUUAUGUCAGUCCGCGCUGCUUGGGAUAGUGGUUGAGAGAUUCAACCAAGUUGCAAAGCCUAAAGCACAAAAAUAUAAUAUCAGUUUCAAUGAUAGAGGCUACGGACCAAAGGUGACAUUCACUUCACCUGUGUGGUAUGAUGCUAAGAGUAAAGCUUCAAAGAAAUUGCAAUCAUGCUCUGAUGAAAAAGCAACAAUUGUUGAAGUAUUCGUGGAGAUAACUAAUAAGUUUCAUAGUCCACCAGUUCCAUUGACAACAAUGGAACUCGAGAAAUUUGCGGCAAAAUAUUUUAAAAUGACUCCUAAACAAACAAUGGAUACCGCUGAAGAUUUAUAUACACAGAGGUUUAUCAGUUACCCUCGAACUGAAACUGACGGAUUUUCUAUGAACACUAAGGAGCUCAGGUCUAUAGUGUCAAAACAAACAAAGCAUGAAAAAUGGGGAUCAUAUGCGAGCGACUUACUAGACAGUAACAAAGGCCUUUGGAGAGAUCCCAGGGCUUGUAAACACACUGAUCAUUCACACCCGCCCAUACACCCCAUUAAGUUUUCUAACAGAAAAGAAUCCGGUUGGAAGGACCAUCAAUGUGUUCUUUAUGAAUUGAUUGUUCGCCAUUUCUUGGCAUGUCUCUCGGAAGAUGCAUUAGUUCAAAAAACAACUGUGGAAGUUGACUUGGCCGGUCAGCAAUUUUUUGCAAUGACAAUGACGCUUUAUAAGCUAGGUUACCGGAAAAUGUACCACUACGAGUCUCUUUUUUUGGGGUUCUCAAAGUUUCCACCUUAUACAGCUGGUGGAGAGUUGACUCCAAUGGAUUUGAUUGUUAAAGGGUCCACAUAUUCUUCUCCGCAAAAUCUGAGUGAUGAAGACUUGUUAUCACGAAUGCAGCAAGAGAGAAUAGGUACAGACUCCACAUGGCACCUACUCAUCAAUACGGUAAUUGGGAGGAAAUACGUUGAAAGGAAGUUUGAUGGUAAUACCUGGCGCUAUGAGCCAACAAAGUUGGGUCUUGCACUUUUUAAUGGGUAUGAUCAAAUGAAGUUGCCAUUGUGGAAACCCGAGAUGCGGGCUAAGAUGGAGAAACAAAUUACCAUGAUUAAAAAUGGAACUGCAACAAAGAAAGAUUGCUUGAGAGACACUGGAUGAAAUGGAAAAAUUUUACACAAUAGCAGAAAGUAGAAAGCAUUUACUUGCAAAUGCCUUGAAAGAUGUCUUAAGCAACGCCUACCGCCGGUGAAUAUGGAUUAUUUGUGCAUCUCAUAUUCUGUUUUUUUAAGGGUAAUCGGCAAUCAAUUGCUGAUAACUAUGAAUAUGUCAUGUAUGGAAAGCUUUCAAGAGUAACAGAGGGUUCAGGAGGGCGUGAAAAAGCGCAAGUCUUUUACCUGCUUUGGUAUCAGUUUACAGAGAAAGGAAUUACUGUUUUACUUUGCAUAUAGUCUUGUUGAUUGGUCAUUUAGAAACUAGUUUCUGGGACUGGGAGUUAUGAACUGGCUGACGCAUGUUGUUUUCAAGUGGCUCAGCUCACUAGUUAAAAAUGAUUUUUUUUGAGAAGAUUUAGUACUAUAGUGUUAAUCAAUUAAUGUUUUUCUGAAACAACUUCCCAGUUAGAGUUGAAAGCGAUCUUUUCAUUGUGAUUUAAGGUUGUACUGUGAUGUAUUUAGGGGUUUUCUUAAUUUAAUAUAUUACUUUUGGCAGGGUGGGGCAAUUACCAUGAUCUUUUGAUAGGCAAAUAACAUGGUUUUCAUUGAAUCAUUGUACAAAAGGGGUGGUUAUCUCUCUGCCAUUAACAUGAUUUAAAGACUCAAUCUUUUCAUCAUUGUUUUA